AACCAUGCACGUGCUUUUUAAAGCACGCCAAAACACAUAACACAUAACGUACAAUACACGCUCACUGUAGACUAAACUAAAACCAUCCAAAAAACAAACAAUUGUUGUCUCAACUUUCAUUUGCCAGUACGUAUUACCGCAGACAAUUCCAAAAAUCUUUUAUUUUUUUUUGCGCGAAUUUGAAAAGUAGUCCGAAAAACUGAAAAAUGACGGUGGACCAGACAGCUCGUCCCCUGCGCAUCCCCCCUCACUACGGCACAUAUGCGGAGGAGAAGGGGGUAUUUGAGUUGCUGAAGGGGAUGCUGCAGAGUGUCAUCAUCAACAGACCCUCCGACCCCAUCCAACACAUGCUAGACUGGAUAGAACAGGACACACAGGACAUACCCGCUAUCAUUGUGCAGGGCAGGUUUGGAUCUGGGCGUCACUCGAUUGGGAAGGAGUUGAGCCAGAAGCUAAGGUGUGCUCUGGUGCUGCCUGAAAACCUCCCGGAGGAAGACUCCACCGAAGACGGGGAGAAAGCAAGGGGCAUUCUCAGUCAGGGUAAAGCUGUGCCCGACGACCUGAUGAUCAAACUAGUGAAAAACCGCGUGAACAGUCCCGAUGCAGUGCGACGAGGAUGGAUUCUAGUCGGAUUCCCCGAGACGGGAGUGCAAGCCCACAUGCUGCAACAGGCGGCAGUCCUCGCAAAGCACUACAUAAACUUGCAAAUCCCAGACGAAGUAGUCAUGGAGCGGGCCAAAGGUAAAAGAGUUGAUCCCGAAACUGGGAAUAUCUACCACAUUACAUUCGACUACCCAUCGGACGCCGACAUCGAGAAACGGCUGAUAGCUCCUCCAAAUUGCGAAAAAGAAGAUUAUCUAGUCGAUCAGCUUAUCAAACAUCACCGAAAUUCAGUCACUUUGGAAUCGGCAUACGAGAACUUUUUCAGUCAAGUCAACGCCGACCAGCCGAAAGCAGAUGUUCUGAUGCAAGUUUUCAAUAUCAUUUCGAAAAAGCAACGAUCGGCAGCGCCACAUACUCCAAGAAUAAUUCUACUGGGCCCCAGAGGCGCUGGAAAGUCCGUUCAAAGCGCAUUGAUAGCCAAGAAAUAUCGAAUUGUGAAUGUCAAAGUCGACGAUUUGGUCAAAACUCAUGUCGCUGGCGAGACUAAUAUCGGUUUAACCUUGAAACCGUACUACGAGAACAACAAAGAGAUUCCGGACAAUUUGGUGUUCAAACUUCUGGACGAAAGACUGGGUCAAUUGGAUUGCGUCGCAAAUGGCUGGGUCUUAAAUGGGUUCCCAAAGAACGCCUCGCAAGUCGAACGCAUGGAGCGAAUCGGUUUCAAAGCGAAUCGGGUUCUGAUGAUGGACAUACCGACUGACAGUAUAAUAGAAAGAGUUUGUCAGAGAUCGAUUGACCCUUUGACGGGCGAAACUUAUCACACUUUAUACAAACCGGCGCCGACAGUCGAGAUCAAACAGAGGCUAAAAGUGCACCCGAGAGAUGAAGAAUCGGUUGUUCAGAUGGAGUUGAACGAAUUUCACGCGAAUAAAGAAGAUUUGAUCGACUACUUUCAGACAAACGACAACCGACUUCAAAUCGUGAAUGCAGACCAAGAUACGCACAGUGUGUUCGAAACGAUCGAGUCGAUGAUUUGUAACCCCAUUCCAGCAAAAAUAUGAAAUAAAACACAAUAUUAUGAUCAAUAGCAAAGCACCCCGUUAUUACAACUUUGUUGAAAAAUAAAUAAUUGCAGCUAGAA